GGAGAUUUCAGAGACGUAGGCAGCAUGGGCAACCUCGGCGCCAAGCCAAAGACGCUCAAGGAGCAGCUCCGCGAGAACAAGCGCGAGAUCAACCGCGCGAUCCGCGACCUCGACCGCGAGCGCACGAACCUCCAGAUGGCAGAGAAGAAGCUCAUCAUUGAGAUCAAGAAGAUGGCCAAGGAGAACCAAAUCGCAUCCGUGAAGAUCAUGGCCAAGGACCUCGUGCGCACACGCCAGCACAUCACUAAGUUCUACACGAUGCGGUCGCAGCUGCAAGCCGUGUCGCUGCGCAUGGAGACAGCCAAGUCGGCCGAGGCCAUGACGUCGGCGCUCCAAAACACGACCAAGGUCAUGAAGUCGAUGGCCAAGACGAUGAACCUGCCCAAGCUCAACAAGAUCAUGAUGGAGUACACGCAAGAGAGCGAGAAGAUGGAGAUGCAGCAAGAGAUGCUCGGCGACACGAUCGACGAUGUUAUGGACGCUGACCAGGACGAAGAGGAAGAAGACAAGAUCGUGUCGCAAGUCCUCGACGAAAUUGGCAUCGACAUGUCGGGCGCGCUCCUCGAAGCGCCGUCGGUGCAAGUCGCUCCGACGGCGGCGCCUGUAACGGCGUCUGCGAGUUCUCUUCCGCCGGCCCCUGUUGCGGCCGCAGAAGGUGGCGGCGACACCGCCGUGAGCGAGCUCGAGGCUCGCUUGAACAACCUUCGGCGAUCGUAAACGUAGAUUAGUGCUAAUUAAUGCAGAGUGAAAGGACACUCCAUCUCGACUUCAAACAG